AAUAGAGAGACAAAGGUUUUGUCAAUCUUGAUUCGUGAGUCGAAUUGUGAAUCUAGUCUAGAAGUUUCCCAUCAAAUAAUACCGCACUUUCAUAUUCGGUUUUAGUAUUCUAAAUCAUUUAUAUAUUGUAGCCAUGUCCAGCGAAACUGCAGUCCCUCCACCCGUUUUAUGGGCCCAAAGGAAAGAAGACGUGUUGCUCACGUUUAGCGUCGAAUCUAAAGACCCAACCAUCAAAAUAGAAAAGGAUUCAGUGUACUUCAAAGGAGUUAAUGCACAGGACAACAGACUCCACGAGGUGACAAUACCUUUGUACGAUGCUGUAGUUCCAGAAAAUAGCGGCUUUGUAAAUAAAGGAAGAUGCAUUGAAAUGGCUCUAAAAAAAGAAAAGAAGGAUGCAGGAUACUGGCCUUCCUUGACUAAAGAUAAAAAGAAACCCCAUUAUCUGAAAGUCGACUUUAAUAAGUGGAAAGAUGAGGAUGAUGAAGAGGAUAACGGCGGCGGCAACAACUAUGAUAUAAGCGAAAUGCUCCGGUCCAUAAGCGGUGCCGGCGACAAACAGGACAAACCUUCAUUCGACGACUUGGAAAGUGAUUCAGAUGAUGAAAACUUACCAGACCUGGGUGAAAACACUAGUGUUGUCUAAAUUUAAUCUUGACACUACAUUAUGUAUAAGAUUUUUACAGAAUAAAAUUUAAAAUGAUAAAUUUCCACAAUCAUUUUAUUGUGUUCAAGCUCUAUUUUGAACAAAAGCAAUAAAUAUUGUCCGAGCUUGAUUUUGUACAGAUAUCCAGUUUUUAUUGUUACUUCAGUAUGUUCUGGUAAUUAUAAGCUAGUAAUUAUCUUUGCAAAUUGUAGCUUAACUGGUUUAAAUUAAAUAACUAACUCA